UCGAUCACCUUAUUGAUUAUUCAAUGUGUCGAUGAACUAUUUGGUAUAUAUAGAUGAAGCUAUGCUAAAAUUUGGAUCUUAAAUAACUGCAGGUUUUGGGAAGCUUGAUGCGUUCUAAGAACAGUAGCGACGAAUGGUUGUCAAUUCUGGAAAGUAAAAUAUGGCAAGUAUCAUCAAACAAAAACGAUAGCAGGAUCAUGUCAGUUCUGAGGUUGAGUUUUGACAAUUUGGAAUCACCAUUGAAACAAUGUUUUGCAUAUUGCUCGAUGCUCAAAAGAGGUUCCUCAAUUGAAAGAGAUAACCUGAUCCAACUGUGGAUGGCUCAAGGUUUUCUCCGUCCUUCUCAUGAUCUCCAAAGCCAGGGGAUUGAAAUGGAGGAUAUAGGCAGCAGGUAUUUUGUUGCUCUACUGGAGAGCUCCUUGUUUCAGGAUGCUGAAAAGGAUGAGGAUGGCGUUAUCACCGAAUCCAAGAUGCACGAUCUUGUGCAUGAUCUUGCAAUAGAAGUAUCCAAGUGUGAGAGCUUGACACCAGACCUCAAUCAUGAGAUGGAUGGUCAUGAGAUUCGACAUGUUGCACGGAUUCCGACUUCGGAACUAAAAAGGAUUCCAGAAACAAGUAUUUCCAGACUACGUUCACUCUUUUCAAGUGUCAAGGUCCUUAAUAUCAUUUUACCAAGGUUGAGAGCUUUACGGGUCUUAAGUUUCUGUCAUGCAGAGUACGAGGAGUCACCAAAUUCACUUGGCAAGUUGAAGCACUUGAGGGAGGCAGAGAACCAGGAAUCGCUAAAUUCACUUAGCAAGUUGAAGCACUUGAGGUAUCUAGAUCUUUCCCAUACAAAAAUCAAAGCACUGCCAAAGUCUAUUGGCAAGCUCUAUAACCUCCAAACACUGAGAUUACCGUGGUAUCUUAAAAAAUGUCCAAAGGAGAUUCAAAAUUUGAUCAACUUGAGGCAUCUUUAUAAAGAUGGCAGCACAAUGAAAUUUGAGGCUGGAAUUGUGGGGCGAUUAACUAAAAUCCAAACAUUACCUCUGUUUAAUGUGGGUAAGGGGACCAAAUUACCCUGUUUUAAUGUGGGCAAGGGGACUGGUCCUGCAAUCGAGGAGUUGGGUGGGUUGAAGCAUUUGAGAGGCCACUUAUAUAUUUGGAAGAUAGAACAUGUAAGGGAUGGAGAAGAAGCAAAGAAUGCUUGCUUAGCGGAGAAGAGUCACUUGAGCAAGUUAACAUGUGACUGGACAGACCGUAGGCCACCUAAUGACAAUGAGACGGAUGUACUAGAUGGCUUGAAACCUCAUCUUAAUUUGCAAAGCUUGAAGAUUGUGAAUUUCAUGGGUGCUAGACUUCCGUCAUGGAUAACGGAUCUCCAAAAUUUGAAGAAGAUUCGAUUAGCUGGCUGUAACAAUUGUGAAGGAAUCCCAACACUCGGCCAUCUACCUAAUUUAAGAUCUCUUGAAAUUAAUAUGUAUAAGCUGACACGUGUGGGAGCUGAGUUUUAUGGUUAUAGUGAUACUAGCACAACUUUAUUUCCAGCUCUGAAAACACUAUCCAUCUGGGGGUGCAAAGAUCUCAUUGAAUGGACGGAAGCACCGAGGAUAUCAGCUGAAGGAGAAGUCGUGGUAUUUCCUUGCCUCGAUGAGUUGCAUCUCAGUAACUGUCCUAAAUUGAGAAAUGCUCCGAGUCGUUUUCCACGUCUCUCCAGAAAUUGAAUCUCGUAUAUUGUAAGGGAUUGUCAAGCCUAGGAAGUGGGCUCAACUACUGCGCCUCUCUUCAGGAAUUGGAGCUAGUGCAUUGUUAUAAUCUAACAUCAAUUCCAAUCACACAGGGCAUCACAUCUCUCCGUAAGUUGACGAUUCGUAAUUGUCAGAGAUUAUUAAGCCUACCGAGUGGGCUCCAAUUCUGCACCUCUCUUCAGGAAUUGCAUAUUGGUCCGUUGUGGGAGGAGCUUCCACCACCACAUGAUUCACAAAAUUUGAUCGGACUAGAAGCUCUUCCUGAGUGGUUGGGAAAUCUUACAUCUCUUGAGUCUCUGUGCAUCAAUUAUUGUGAGAAUCUCAAGUAUCUACCUACACAAAAUGCUAUGAAAAGCCUCACCAAAUUGAAGCACCUCGACAUUUCUUCAUGUCCCCUGCUCAAGGAAAGAUGCACCAAGGAGACUGGCCCAGAAUGGCCCAAGAUUUCUCACAUCCCAGCCGUUUACUUGUUAUGAAGCUACGGAAUGCCUGCCAUACUGAACUAGAAUGUCUGUUCACAUUACAAGGUUAAUCAAUUCCCAAUUGCCAGAAAUUUAUCCCUAAAGCAGGGCUCUAUCAUACUUGACGGGAACAUCAAAUGAUGCUGAAUAGGUGAUGAUCCAGUCCCAGUAGUUCAAUCACCUCUCCCAUGUAAGGCUUGUCUGCUGUGUUUCAUUGAAGAUAAGGUGUUAAUCAGCAUCAGCUAUGAGAGUGAGAAAUUGAGAAGUAUCCACCUAAAGUGGAAGGUAUGCAAACAAAAGAUGAGGACAGCUGACAUGAGUGGCUGACUUCUAAUAUUACAAAGGUCUGCAUUGAAGCUAUGAGACACCUCCUUAAACUAGCACAGUUGGAUAUUCAUGGGGUUCAAGUUCCAGGGGAAACAUGUGCGUUGAGUGUUUCAAAAUUUCAGUUGUGCAUGAUUGCUUCCAUUCAUGUUCUAAGUGCAACCAGUUCCUAAAAUCAUGGCUCUGUCCUGCUCAAAUGGAAGAACAACUUAACCGGACCUGGUGUGAACUAAGUUCAGAUUUUGUUCUAGGAUCAAGGAAUUGGAGCACCCAAAUUCGUGGUCUCAGGUGGCUGCUGUUUGUUUGGAUCUGGUGAAGGCUGGUAACUUUGCCCUAUAGAACAAACUCCAUCUGCAUCUUGGAUAAGCCAUUUGGUCAAGCAUGCAUGGUUUCUAGGAAACAAGGCUUCUAGUAUCUGUGAGCUUUAUGAACAACCUCCAGUGAGAUUUCACAUUUUUGCGCUCUGUUGGUGUUUCCAUGGAAGCUUAACGAAUGGAGCAACAAACAAACCCUGAAGGACCUGGACAAUCUGGUACUGGUUAUGAGUUACAUGUAUAUGGUUGUGGAGCUUAUUGUGAGCUUCUCUGCACUUCCUAUACUUCCAAGUAUCAAGCCAUAUUUCUGAGAUUUGAGCAUUUAUCUGUGUCUAGGUAAAAAUGGCAUCAGUUGUGGAUUCAUGAUUGUGGUGGUAAAAAUUCUUAUAUACGUUCUUUGAGUGUUAUUCUCUUGGUUGAAAAAUGAGAGAUCAAGUGUUUGUGAGCUUUAA